AUGGAAUUUAUGAACCAGACAGCAGGAAGCUUCACGCUUUUGGGUCUCUCCGAGAAGCCUUACCUUCGCCUUCCUCUCUUCUCUGUCUUCCUGGUUGCCUAUAUCCUCUGCGUAGUGGGGAACUCUUUAAUCUCCAUACUCAUCCUAACUCAACCCCAACUCCACUCUCCCAUGUACAUCCUGCUUGGCAACCUCUCUCUAGUUGAUAUUUGUCUGACGUCGCUGACCAUUCCCAGAGCUCUCUGUGGAUUUCUUUCUGGAAACCCCUCCAUCUCCUACAGUGGCUGCUUCCUGCAGCUUUUUCUAUUCCACAUGGUAGGGAACAUGGACAGCUUUCUUCUCGCUGUUAUGGCCCUGGAUCGAUAUGCUGCUGUCUGCCAACCGCUCCGUUACUCGUCCAUCAUGAGCAGAAGGACGCGUUUCUGCUUGGUGUCUACUUCAUGGUUUAUCGCCAGUCUCCAUUCUACAUUGUUCACUGCCAUGACCUCAACCCUUUCUUAUUGCGAUUGGGUUGUCCAUCAUUUCUUCUGCGAUGUCCCAGCCUUGUUGAUGCUCUCCUGCACAGACACCUAUGCUCAACAGAUGGUUGUCUUCAUCGAAGGUUCCCUUAUUGUCAUGGGGCCCAUGCUCUUUAUCCUGGGCUCUUAUAUCUUGAUCAUCAGGGCGGUCUUGAAGCUGCGUACAUCUGAGGGCCGGAGAAAGGCUUUCUCCACUUGCUCCUCACACCUCAUGGUGGUCAUCCUCUUCUAUAGCUCUGUUAUAUUCAUGUACUUUCGCCCGAGCAUUCUCUAUUCCCCAACAUCCGAUCAUAUCGUCAGCGUGGUUUAUAGUGUCAUUACCCCCAUGCUCAACCCAUUUAUAUAUAGUCUAAGAAACAAGGAGGUCAAAGCUGCUGUGAAGAAGGCCAUAGGCCGUAGUAGGAAAAAAGCAGAGAAGUGGAUGCAAAAUGGAGAAAAGGAGGACUGUUGA